AUGGCCGAGCUCAACCUGGGCAAGGGUCUGACCGCGGGGAAAGUCGCUAGCAACGUGCAAAAGAAGCUAACCAGGGCGCAGGAGAAGGUUAUGCAAAAGCUUGGCAAGGCGGACGAGACCAAAGACGCAGCCUUCGAGGAGUGGGUGAUCAACUUCAACAAACAAUAUACAGAAGGCAGUAAACUUCAGCGGGACCUGCGAGCGUACCUGGAGGCCGUCAAAGCCAUGCACGAGUCGUCCAAGAACAUCCAGUCCUGCCUGGCCGACAUGUACGAGCCCGAGUGGAAGGGCCACAGGAAGGUGGACUCCAUUGUGGAGGACUGUGACGUGCUGUGGGAGGACUACCAUCAGAAGCUGGUGGACCACGCCCUUAUCUCCAUGGAUACCUACCUGGGACAGUUCCCUGACAUUAAGGCUCGUAUUGCCAAAAGAGACAGAAAGCUGGUGGACUAUGACAGUGCCCGACAUAACUAUGCUGCCACACACAAAGCUAAGAAAAAGGAUGGAGGCAUCAAACUCACAAAGCCGUCCACUCUGCUGGAGAGAGCCACCCCCGGCUGGGCUCAGGGAAUCCUGUCUGCUCACAAUGUGGCCCAGAGCAGCCUGUCCAGGAGCCAGGCUGAGGAGGAGCUGGAGAGAGCUCAGAAGGUCUUUGAAGAGAUCAACCUGGACCUGCAGGAGGAGCUGCCUUCACUUUGGAACAGCCGUGUGGGCUUUUACGUCAGCACCUUCCAGAGCCUUGCCGCAUUCGAGGAGAAGUUCCACCACGAGAUGAGCCGGCUGGACCAGGACCUCUACGAUGUUUUGGUGAAACUGGAGAACACAGACACAAGCAGCAGGACAGGUAACCGGGACGCGGCGUCGUUGGGAGCCAACCGGAGUGGGAAGGAGGCGACGAACCACACGCUCAGGCCAGGAGGACCACCGCCCAUACCCAAGUCUCCAUCCAAGCUGAGGCCAGCAAUGCCUCCUCCUCCAAAGGUGACGCCGUCUACAGAGAUGAAGACAGAAAAUAUCAUUAACCUGUUUGACGCGGCCAAUGCCCCCGACAUCAGCGUCACGUCUCCCUCAGAGGCUGCAAACUGGGACUCCUGGACUGACGAGGGCGCGGCAGAGGACGAAGAGCCCGCCCCGAGCCAGCACUACGACCCCAUAGCUGCAGCACAGGAGGGCUGGGGCGACGACGGCAGGCAGCCCGUCCGCUACGACCCCAUCGCCGCCGCUCAGGAGGGCUGGGGCGACGACGGCACUGAACCAGUGCACUACAACCCAGUGGCUGCCGCUCAGGGCGACUGGGACCAGCAGGAAGAAGACUACGAGCACGAGGCCACAGAGCAGGAGGAGUGGGCCGACGAGCCUCUACCCACCACACAGGACGAUGAGCCGGAGGAGCAGGAACCUCUGGAAGAAUAUGGGGAGGAGGCUAGCGUGGAUCCUCCAGGGGCAGAGGAGGAGGCAGCUACAGCGGGUACCCCAGAACCAGAGCAGGCAGAGCUCACCGUGGAGGUGGAGGAGGGUCAGAGUGACUCUGGAGCAGCCGCCACUUCACCUGAGGCCACAGCACCAGCAGCAGCAGCAGAAGAAGAGAAGCCCACAGCAGCAGCAGCAGCAGCAGCAGAAACGGCAGCAGAAGAAGAAGAAGCAACAGCAGUAGAAGAAGUAGAAGUACCAGCAGCAGAAGCAGCAGAAGAGCCCACAGCGGCUGCAGCAGCAGAACCAGUGGCAGAACCAGUGGCAGAGCCAGUGGCAGAACCAGUGGCAGAACCAGUGGCAGAACCAGUGGCAGAACCAGUGGCAGAACCAGCGGCAGAAACAGCGGCAGAACCAGCAGACCUGCCCCCGGGUUUCUUAUUUAAGGUGGAGGUGAUGCACGACUACGCUGCUAACGACACAGACGAGCUGGACAUGAAGGCUGGAGACGUGGUGCUCGUCGUUCCUUUUGAUAAUCCGGACGAGCAGGAUGACGGCUGGCUCAUGGGCAUGAAGCAGCACGAAUGGAAGCAAGUCAGAGAGGCGGCGGCCAAGGGCGUGUUUCCAGAGAACUUUACCCAGCGCCUGACUUUGGCCAUAGACGCCGAGCAGCCCCCCCGGCCCCGGCUCCAGCCACAACAUCUGGAAGGUCUGCUACACUGUGUACACUGUGGACCUGCUGGGCAUCGUGUAGGCUCUCACGGAGGGAACGCUUAG